AUGUCUUUUGGAACUAAAGCUGCUGAACGUUUAGCCAACAAAAUCGUGCUUAUUACUGGUGCCUCUUCAGGUAUUGGAGCGGCUACGGCAAAAGAGUUCGCUCUGGCUGCCAAUGGUAACAUCAAGUUGAUCUUGACUGCUAGGAGACAAGAGCGCUUAGCGGAAUUGGCCAGCGAAUUGACCAAGAAAUACUCCCCCAUCAAGAUCCACACGGCCAAGCUCGAUGUCAGCGACACAGCAUCAAUCACACCAUUUAUUACUGGUUUGCCAAAAGAAUUCUCCGACAUUGACGUUUUGAUCAACAACGCUGGAAAGGCAUUGGGUAAAGACAAUGUAGGUGAUAUUGCCCUCGAGGACAUCCAUGGAAUGGUGCAGACCAAUGUUUUGGGACUCAUUGCAAUGACUCAGGCAGUGAUUCCUAUCUUCAAGAAGAAAAAUGCCGGUGAUAUCGUCAACAUUGGUUCCAUUGCUGGUAGAGAGCCAUACCCUGGUGGAUCCAUUUAUUGCGCUACCAAGUCUGCAGUAAGAUUCUUCUCCCACUCUUUGAGAAAGGAGUUGAUCAACACUAGUAUCAGAGUGUUAGAAGUGGACCCUGGUGCAGUGGAGACCGAGUUUAGUGUGGUCAGAUUCCAUGGCGAUAAGGCUGCCGCUGAUAAGGUGUAUGAAGGCACCACACCUUUGACUGCCGAGGACAUUGCCGAGGUGAUUGUCUUUGGUUGCACAAGAAGACAGAAUACUGUCAUUGCUGAGACCUUGGUGUUCCCUAGCCACCAAGCCGGUUCAGCCCACAUUUAUAAAAGACAGUAG